AUGCAGCGCAACACUUUUGCACCCCCUCCGGCCCAGUCGCCUCCCCUCCACCACCCGAUCCCUCAACAUGUCUCUACAGUGCCGAUGAUGCGGUCACCGCCGCCGCCAGUGUCCCAACAGCCUCAGCACCAGCACCAGCAGCAUGGAUACAACAAUCCCUACCAGCCAAAUCCAACUCAGGGAGGAGGCCAGUUUGCCCCUGGGUUUGGCGGCUUUAUGUCGGAUCCCACAGCCCAGAUGGGCUUUCAGGUUGGAAAGAGCGCUGUCAUGGCAGGCCAGGAGUACAUGGAGCAGAAUUUGAACCGAUAUGUGUCAAUUCCUGCGCUAAAACACUACUUCAACGUCUCCAAUUCAUACGUCCUUAAGAAGCUUGCCCUUGUCCUGUUCCCCUGGAGACAUAAACCAUGGUUCCGCCAGCAAGGACGCAUGGCUGGUGCAGCCUCCGCGAAUGGUCAGAUCAGCCAGGCGCAGUACACCUCCAUGUACCUCCCGCCACGAGACGACGUCAAUUCACCAGACAUGUAUAUUCCUGCCAUGGCUCUGGUCACUUACAUCUUGCUCUCCGCUGUCAUGGCUGGCCUCCGAGGGAAUUUCCAUCCAGAGAUACUGCGUUCGAUAACGUUCAUUGCUCUGGCUGUGGUGGUAUUUGAGAUUAUCUGUCUCAAAGUGGCCAUGUACAUUCUCAAUAUCAACAAUGACUCCCAACUUCUUGACCUAGUGGCUUAUUCCGGGUACAAGUUUGUUGGAAUCAUCGUUACCUUGGGCGUGUCCGAGAUCCUUACGCCUGGUCAAGGCACCGGAGGUUGGGUUGGCUGGACUGUGUUCAUCUAUACCUUCCUUGCCAACGCAUUUUUCUUGUUACGUUCACUAAAGUAUGUCCUGCUACCGGACAGCUCGAGCGAUGCAGCCAUGCGAGGCGGUGCUAUGCCGACCGUCGCCCGCUCCCAACGCAACAGACGAACCCAGUUCCUCUUCAUCUACUCAUACAUGAUCCAAUUCGUCUUCAUGUGGAUUCUCAGCAGACAGGGACCGGUCCCAUCGGCGGGCACCACUCCAAAAGUGCCUACCCCUGGCACCGUCUCAUAA